UUUAUUUGAUCAUUCACACAGAUUGCAGGGGAUGAUUUUCAUUUUUUGACAAGUACGAAUACUGGUAAUUAAUUAAAUUUAAGCUGUCGCUGAAAUGUUUGAUAAAACAAAAAUAAACUGAGAUUGUAAUGGGGUUCAAUGGAGGACUGCGUGUUUCGAGGCGGUUAGCGACCCCCAGAGUAAGAGUCCAGAAAAACACCCGCCGCGCUGUUUUCUGGGAUGUGUAGUCCACAUGAGUGUAUCUGCGCGUUUAUGAGGCGUUUCAUGGAAUCGGUCCAACGCAUCCGCUCACUUCAUUGUUCACUCAGUCACUGUUUUUAUUUUCACUAUCACUUAUUUCGCUCAUAUGAGUUGAGUACAGAGUCAAGAGUUCAGCGCGCGCUUUCCACUCACUUACACAACUCACUCUAAAUGACGGUCGGUGCAUGAACACCUCAUUCUGGCUCCACCGAGCACCGGAUCAUCAGUAAGGACAACCUUCCGACAGACGCAGCAGUGAUCGGAGUCUGAUCUAGAGCUGGAAUCAGUGUCAGGAUGGACUCCUGGAACACGCGCGUGCUCGCGGCAGUGACUGUGAUCGGAUUCAUUCAGUUCGUGUCCACUGUGACCCUCCUGCUGCACUGCACUGGAUACAUCACACAGACAGAUUCAGUCACGGCGCUGAAGAACAACUCUGAGGCUGUUAUUAAAGAGACUCUCCUGAGUGAGAGACUGACGCACGACAACGAGAAGAAACACAGACAGUCGACACCAGCAGCUCACCUGCCCAUCAAACCAUCCAGACAGACGCAAAGAGUCGUUCGUGCCACGCUCCUCCACUGGAACCCCGAUCAGGGUCAUCUGUCACACUUCGGCUACCGCGACGGACGAAUCCUUGUCCAGAAACCGGGGCUGUACUACAUAUACGCCAAAACCUGUUUCCGUCACUACGAGGGCCUGGAGACGUACGCCGGUUCCGGUCCGGGUUCGUCUGACGGCGGCGUGCAGCUCAUUCAGUACGUUCAUCAGCAGCGAUUCUCUCAGAGCGCCACGUCCAGCUCGCCGGUGCUGAUGAAGACGGGCAGCACACGCGUGUGGAGGAGAGGAGACUAUCACAUGUGCUGUCAGCAGCAGGGCGGCGUGUUCUCGCUGCGGCCCGGAGACGCUCUGUUCGUCAGCGUGUCCAACUCAUGGAUGCUCGACCCCGAGGCCGAGGGAAGCUACUUUGGCGCUUUCAGGAUCAGCAAAUGACAUUUCAGAUUUGAUCCGUCACUGUCAAAAUGAAUGUUGAAGAACUGUAAAGACAUGCAUUAAAUAAUGCACAUAUUUAAUUUCAUAUUUAACUGGAUUUAAAUGGUAUGCAUACUAAUAAACUCCUGAAGUCUU